AAAAUUCCAAUUUAAAUUAUUUUUAAAACAAUAUCGAAAUAAUCAUGAAUACUAUUAAACAGGAAAUUUUUAUAUGCGUAUUGCUAGACAUAUAAUAUGUCAGAUAUGUACACCCUAACCUAUGCUUUAUAUAAAUAGCAAACACAUGAGUGAGGUUAGUCUGAAAGAAUAAAUUGAAAUAAUGCUUCCAAAUCAAAAGAGGCAGCUGUACACAUCUCUACUUACCAUGUCAGAGGAUUUUAGUGAAUAUCCUCAAAAACUACUCUCAGGUUUAGGUAAAUCGACCAAAAGAGGCAUUAAAAAGUGUUCAGUUUGCGGAGUAUAUAAUGGCACAAGAAGUAUUACUUGUAAAAAUAAAAGUUGUAACGCAGUUCUAAAACCGUCGGAAGAAAAAUCUAAAUUAGAUUUGGAUGCCGUAAAAUUGUUAACCAAUACUGAAAAACAAGUGUAUUCGGUUAAAAUUUCUGAUAUGGGGUCUGAUUAUAGAGGCUUUGUGCAGCUUCCAGUACUACAGUCUUGCACAGAGAAGGAUACGAGUAAUUAUUCAGAGGUUGCUAUUUGUUUCGUUGAUUCUUGUCAAAACUCAUUCGAUAAUUCGAUAUUAAAAUGUCAUGAAGAGGAAAGAACUAGUACAGAUUCGAAUAAAGUUUUAUGUACACACAUAAAAUCUGCUUUAAAAAGUCAAAACGAAGCUUCUCCUAUCGAACUUAAACUUGAUGUUCUCCAUUCACUGAAUAUUAAAAAUUAUAUCAAACAGAGGCUGUGCUUAUUAAAUUCUGAGAAAGAAGGAACAUUAGUACAAAGGGUCUCUAAAUCUGUUAUAGUUGUUAAAUGCCAUGCAAGUGCUAAGCACCCCUUAGGAUAUUUACAUUUUACCUUUAUAAAGGGUAAUAGCAAAGAUGUUUAUGAGAAAUUUGAUUGUGGCUGUUCAAAUUUUCCAGUGUUAGAAAUAUUAGACCAUGAAUGCAGUCAUGGAAAACAAAAAUGUAUUCAUUAUUACGCUUGUAUUUGGGCUUUAGUGUGUGAAGGGAAAUGUGAUGAAUAUGCGAGUAUUGUUACUUGCGAAACAUCCAGAGAUUUAAUUAUUCCAAAAAAUAUUGAACUGACUAAAGUAAAUACCAGUUAUACGGCGAAUGUAACAAGAUUACAAUCCAAGCUUAAAGUAUUACCUAAAAUUAGAGAGAAAUCAAAAUUACAUAGAAAGAAACAAUCAUUAAAAAGAUGUCAUAGAAUAAUGCCAAAAAUUUUACCAAUUGAAAUAAAAGUCUUAAAAGAUACACCAAAACCAAAUGAUAUGGUAUCAUGGGGUUUCAUUGAUUGGUUGUCUUUUGUUACGGAGUCAAUAAACAAGACAAUGCAGUUUGAUAAUUAUGGUAUUGUCAAUACAACUAUUCUGCAAAUACCUGAGGAUUUUUAUAAGUGCUUCCAACAAAGAAUUCCAAAUGUUUAUGACGUUGUAGAAAAUGGAAAUUCACAUGUUUAUUAUAUCAUGAAUAUUUUACAUCUAAAAGAAAUUUUUGACACUCCAAAAAUAAAAUUGAUGAUUUCCAAAAAAUUCGUUCACAACGAUCAAAAAGGCUAUGUAGAAUAUAAUGAGAAUAAUGAAGAAGUGGACAAAUCAUUUUUAUGUCCAUUUAUAUAUUUUCUGAAUGUUGGACAAUCCACUGUAGACGAAAGUGAUAACACCAACAACUCUUUUUAUAUCGAAUGGACACCAUCUUUGUUUAGUGUAAUAAAUAUAGGACAAUUGAAAUUACAAUAUAAAUAUGGACGUAAAAGUACUUAAAUUUAAAUUUAUACUGAAUAAAAUAUAUAUAUAUAUAU